GCGAGGCGUCAGCCAGCGGGAGGGCAGAGAACACAGAGGGCGCCUUUCUCAGCGGGAGCGGCAGGUACGGGCGGCGCCGGCGGGAGAGCGCGGGGCGGGCACCACUGCCCCUGGGCGGCGGCGCGGCCGCCCCUCUCCAAACCACGCUGCCGGUGGAAGGGGAGGGGCGAGAGAAAAGAAACCUUGACCUCGCCCCCAAACCCUGGCCGGUGUCGGACCAGGCGGCACCGGGUAGAUCCCUCAGCGGUGCCAGGAGGAAGCCCUCCGUGAACUGAAAGAUUAUUCCCCAUUUUGGAGAUGAAAAAAACCGAGACCCAAAGCAGCUGAGUGACUUUCCCAAGGACGCACAGUGAGUGCUAUCAGUGGCAUGCCCAAACCCAGAGCCAGAAAAGGAAUAAAUUACAAUUGGUCAAGGCCGUGCCCUCUUGAGUCCAGAACUUGCUAGUGAGCUGAGAGGGUCCUCUGGCUCCAGUCUAGCCAAGCACCAUGGAGAAAAUCAGCUCCUUCUUCAGCUCCAUCUGGGACACCAUUUCUACCAAACACCAAGAGGGUAUCUUCAACACCAUCUGCCUGGGGGUCAUCCUGGGACUGCCAUUAUUGGUGGUCCUCACACUCCUCUUUAUUUGUUGCCAUUGCUGCUGGAGCCGCCGGCCAGGCAAGAGUGGCCAACAGCCAGAGCAGAACAAGAAGAAGAAGAAGAAGAAGAAGAAGGAUGAAGAAGACCUCUGGAUCUCUGCUCAGCCCAAGCUUCUCCAGAUGGAGAAGAGGCCAUCACUGCCUAUCUAGCUAGAGGCUAAGCCUCCUUCCAGCCUCACUGGGUAGGGAGCAGGAGUCCCUGAAGUGACACUCUUAUGCCCACAGAGUAACCGUUAAACCAAAGAACAAACCUCAGACUGAGUGGCACUCCCAGGGGAGCACAUGGACAAUUCUCGGGCACUGUCUUGGCAGCUAUGUGUCCGAUGGCAAUGCUCUUUACAACAGUUCCAGGUAUGCCUUCUACCUGCCUCUAGCAUACCCCCUAUGCAAAAGCACAAAGAACAUCCAUCCAUGGGUCUUGAUAUGGCUCCAUAGUGUGUGCGCACAUGCGCACAUACACAUUCAGGCAGUAGGUACGUGGGCAAGUAUAUUCUGCUCAUCAAAUUGUCAUUAAAUGUCUGCUUGUCUACUUUGUGCAAGGCAUUGUGCAAGACAAUACAUUAUCUACUCUUGCAAAAAAUGUUUCAUGGGAAGGCCUGGUCAGAUCUGGGCACAUAAACACAAUUAUAGAAACAGGCAAGGCCUCUGUGCACUGUCAGUUCUAUAUACCACUCAGGUUAGAGAUGUGUGCUUUCCUAUUCCUAUCCCUACAUAACAUCUUACUGGAAAAACUCAUAUUUGGACAUUCCAGCAAUCUGGUACAGUCCCCCCCCCCCCACUGUGUACAUUUAUACAGACACACGAAGUUCCUGUGCUUCUCACUUGUGCCAAAAAUGCUUAAAGUCUGAUGGCUCAAAAUUAAUCAAAAGCUAUUUUUCUUGCAACUCAUGACAAGGUCCUCAUUGCCACUGAUAAGUACUCAGCAAGGCAUCCUUCUCUAAGCAAGAACAAACAGCUUUUGGUAGUAACUGCCAGAAAGCUAUGGAAAUCCACUCAUUGACUUCAGCAGAUGUCAAUUGUGAACCUGUGGCAUGUAUGUUUUACAGAUGGAAAGGAUAAGGAGGUGCUACACCUGAGCUGGGUAUCUCCUGUAUAAUCAAAGGGUUUCAGAGGGGAAGAAAUUAAGACAACCACUGGUAAAGUUCACAGAAGGCACACUGGAAAUGAUCUCAUAAGGUCAUAAUUGGUGCAUAGUAUGUUGUAGGUGGGGUGCAGGCAUAACAGUUUAAGUGAAAGUAGCAUGAGGCUAUAUGGAGGUCUGUUGAAAUUCAUCUUGAAGCUCAGGCCAAUGCCUUGCACACAGUAGGUACUCAUAACUGUCUGUGCAUCCUGUUGCAUAUGUGAUGAUGUCAAAGUUAAACUUGUAAUACCUCGCCAAUUCCCCCAAGUGACCUUCUCUUCUCAGUGAGCCCAUGAAUUGCUGCAGCGGAUAAGAAUUUGGUAGUAAAUUCUGCAAACAAGCGCGUACAGAACCAAGGUUCAGGUUGGCUGGUGUGUACUAAGGUACACAAGGACGUAUAAACUAGGUCUGCAGUGAGUUGAGGAGAGCUUCUCUCCACUGGGCUGAGGUUGGGAGACAGAGUUAAUCUGCUUAUAUGAUGAGCUGGUUGGUAUUUUGAUUGUAUUGACAAUAUUAUAAAGAUGGACAUUUCCCAACUUGGGAGCAAUUUGUUCUUGAAAAGUUCAUUUGCAAAUCUGCUGGGUCACCCUCGAAAUAUUUUCCCAUGGAAGCUGUUAUAAAUGGUGGCUACAUAGCUAUUUAAUUAAUAAUAUAGCUAACCUAUGAUAUUUAUAGUAACAAAACAGUCCGAAAUUUUACAAGAUUGUUUUAAUGGAAAGAUGCAUUGUGUUUGCUAACUUGGACCACCUGGUACCCACCUGCCCUCCAGGUAUACUCCAGGCCUGUGGAGGGUGGGCACCUGAUGGUGGUGAUUGCACCAGGGUCUUCCAACAGGUGACCCUAUAAAUGAUAAUUCAGGUCUGCAUAUAUUUUAGAACCAGUCACAUUCACUCUCAGACCCUAAGUGGCCUUAAUUCCCUGGACACUCAGGUCCCUCACCCAUAGACCCCUUUGACCGGAAAAAUAAGCACUCCGAUUCUCUGUACCCUUGUCACAUAGAGCUGUCAUGGAGUACCUGGCUGUCCCCUUCACAUCAGCGGAUAGCUAGUUCUCUCCCACAGCCAAACACACAUACCUCCCAACAUCUACCACUGCCCACCAGGACAGGCUGUCCUCCUGUCUCCAGCCCUCAGUCCCUCUCAAAUGGAUGACUUGGGGGAGACCUGGAGACUGACAGCUGAGACUGGGUGUCAGACGUGAUCUAGGAGAGUGGAUCACCAGGAUCAGGGACUGCACAAGUAACAUGGUUGCCAUGGCAACUGGCUGCUAGUUGGAAUUAAGACAGCAGUCAGUUGUCACUGCCAUGACAAGGCCUCUGUCUCCUGAUACAGUGUCCCUGCUGUCUCCUAAUCCAAUAGACUUGCUGUAGCUCCAGGCAUGAAAUACCCACAAAUUCCUUUCUCAGUUGCUUCUACAGCCUGGGACCCAGAAGACCCAAAGCCUGGAUAGGGCUUAUCUCUUCCCCACCCCAACCUCCCCUACGACCUUUACUGAAGCACCUAGAACAGUGCCGGUGCUUGAUGGGCUCUCUCAAGUUUUGGUUGAAUAAAUCGAUGUGUGAAUGGAGCCUGAGGCAGUAACUAUUGGUGUCCACUCUCUUCUUCUCACUCAAUUCUCAUCUUUCUCCCCUCAUGCUUUAUUCUUCUCUUCUUCUGUCUUCUCUCUGCCUCACCCCAGUUCCAUCUCUUUAUUCCUCUCCAUUUUUACUCCUCCUUCCCAGCCCCUGCCCCUUUAGGACUGGAGCCUGCCUUGGCUCAUCUGGAAGGGACUAAGCCAAUGGGGGGCAAAAAGAGGAUUCAUAGAGAAGGGGCUUCCUAAACCAGCACAGACUUGGGGCUGAGGCCUCCCAGGCCAGGAUCUCUUCUGAACAGAUUCAGCCACACUCAGCAGACAGGGUCAAAGGAAGUCUUCCCUGUUGUUCAGUGGGUUAACUUUUGUUUUUUUUUUGGUUGGAGGGGGCAGGUGAUAUAGAGAAAGGGCAGUCAACUUUUCAAGAAUAUAAAUGGUCAAAGUUGUAUAAUAUUUGUCAGUAUUUUUUUUUCUGUAAAAUUCAAACAUACACAAAAGAAAAACUUAGUUAAAUAAGAUAAAAAGCCAUGCUUGGUCUUCGUACUUGCUGGACCCGACAGUAACUUUUGUGACGUUAGGUAUUGCCCUCUUUCAGCUGUUGCUCACAAGUGACAGAUGCAGUGGCUCCCUCCGGGACACAAAGGCCCAGCCCUGCGCAGUCACCACCUUCACCCAGGCCAAGCAGCUCUCUCUCCACUGCCUGAAACAGACAGCCUCGGAGACCAGACACCCUUAGAGGUGCCAGCGCAGGAAAACACUGACGUUCCUUGGCAACACUUAGAGAACUUUCCUUUCAAUGAGGUCAAUCAAUGUCUUCUCAAAGGAUAAAGGAGGAAAUAGCAAAAACUAAAUAAAAAUAGACCUCUGGGUUAAAUCUGCUGCUGGGAAGGGGAGGGAUCAAAGGCCUCGAUAGUGGCCAUCAGAGAUGGAUAUAGAUACACAUGUACACGUGUGUGUGUAUAAAGGUGUCUCUUUUUACAAGUGUGCCAUAGCUUUGCAUUGGUUAUGAAAUGAAAUGCAGUGGAUGCUCCUGCUUCCUCCCUUGAUGAGGCUGUGCUCACUUUUAAAGCAGAAAUUGGAGAGCGGUGCUGUCCACUAGAACUCAGAGAACGGAAAUGCAGGGCUCUGUCUGCACUGGCCAAUAUGGUGCUGUCUUAGUCAUCUAGUGCUGCUAUAACAGAAAUACAAGUGGAUGGCUUUAACAGAGUUUAUUCUCUUACAGUCCAGUAGGCUACAAGUCCAAAUUCAGGGCGUCAGCUC